AUGGAAAAUUAUAGUGCUCAAGAGUACGCUGAUAUGGUAAUUGUGUACGGUGAAGCUGGUAGAAAUGCUCGGUUUGCCGCCCGUCUCUACGCAGAACAAUUUCCUGGACGCGCACAUCCUACGUAUAACGUCAUCUUAAGAUGUAUCCGACGUUUACGGGAGACAGGAUCCGUGUUGCGGAUUCCACACCACAAUGGUGGCAGAAUGCGCGUUCGCGUAAACGUGGAGGAGAGAAUCCUGGAAGCAUUCGAGGAGAACCCCAGGAAUAGUAUACGCCGUGCGGCUCAUGCGCUCGGGGUUUCUCGAUUUGUGGUGCACCGUACUCUACGCGAGAACCAACUGCACCCGUAUCACUUUCAGCGGGUGCAGCAACUUCUUGAGCGAGAUUUAUUGCCGCGCAUCUGCUUUUGUGAAG